AUGGGAGUCUCCGGCGUUGCCAUAGCCAUGGUAUGGACCAACAUCAACCUAUUCCUCUUCCUCUCCUCCUUCGUCUACUUCUCCAGUGUCUACGAAGACUCAUGGGUCCCACCCAACUCUGACUGCCUCUGUGGCUGGUCCUCCUUACUUGCACUUGCGGUUCCCACCUGCAUCUCUGUCUGUCUCGAUUGGUGGUGGUACGAACUCAUGAUAAUCCUUUGCGCGCUUCUCCUCAACCCCGAAGCCACCAUUGCUUCCAUGGGAUAUACACAGUUCACAACAACGCCAACAACCUUCCAAAUGCAUCAAUCCAUGCACAAACGUUUACAUGCUUCUGGAAACGAAUCAAUGCGAGGGAGGAACGAAUGUAGCUGUGGGGAACCAAAUAACGCACCCACGAACCUUUACACGCUCAUAACAUGCUCAACCAAUGACUGCAACCGGAUACAACAUAGAGUAGAACCGAAUACGACGCAUUCUUCAAAUCCCAUAAUCGCUGGAACCGAAUACAACACGCACAGAACCGAAUACAACGCUAUGUGCAAUUUCUUGUAA